AACCAGUCGGCGCUCACCAACUCACCCGCGUCCGUCAGUUUGCACACUGCAGUCGCGCUACUUCAUGUCAGUUCAAUCCGAGCGAGUACGCAGAGAGAACGUGUCUUCGCUCCACUGAAACUUUUCGUAACUUUAUUAUGGCGUUGCGCUGCGUAUUUGCGGUGCUGGCUAUCGCCGGGAUCACUCUCGCCGAUCCAGAAGCUGUCACCAAACUUAAAGUUGAAGUAGUCAGUACUCCCGAAGGCUGCACAGAAAAAUCUAAGAAUGGCGACAUGCUUACUAUGCACUACACAGGUACCCUGGACGACGGCCACAAGUUUGAUUCGAGUUUCGAUCGCGAUCAGCCUUUCACUUUCCAACUCGGAGUGGGUCAAGUCAUUAAAGGAUGGGAUGAGGGUUUACUCGACAUGUGUGUUGGUGAAAAGCGUAAAUUGACCAUACCAUCCUCCCUCGGAUAUGGCGAACGUGGAGCCGGUAAUGUUAUCCCACCCCACGCCACCCUCCACUUCGAAGUCGAGCUUAUCAACAUUGGAGAUUCACCACCAACCACCAAUGUCUUCAAAGAAAUCGACGCUGACGCUGACAACAUGCUAUCGCGUGAAGAAGUGAGUAUAGACUUAGCGUUCCAGGCGAUGGACACUGAUGGUGACAGGGAAUUAUCUAGAGAGGAGGUCAGUGAUUACCUUAAGAAGCAAAUGGUGCCCCCAGACGGUGGUGAAAUCAGCGAGGACGUUAAGCAGAUGUUGGAGAGCCAUGACAAGCUUGUAGAGGAAAUCUUCCAACACGAGGACAAAGACAAGAAUGGUUUCAUCAGCCAUGAAGAAUUCUCAGGGCCCAAACACGACGAGCUGUAAAUUUACAAAUACUCCUAAUUUUAUAACUAGGAUAUAAGAUGUAAUUAGAUUACCUUGUAUGUAAUUCUUCAAAUUUAUGACAGACUUUGAAUGGCUCAAAUAUAAUAUAUAAUUCAGACACCUUAGUUAUUUAAAUGGAUAUGAUAAUAAGUAGGAAUGCAUAUUUAAAAAACUUAUCACGCAUACAAUCCCUGCCAUCAGUUUGACAAAGUAAUCAACGUAUAUAUAAUAAUCUUUGUUUAAAAUCAGUUUCAAAACUUGAGAUUUUUUUAAAAAUAUAUAUCGUUUAAUAUUGUCAAAGCUCGUGGUAGAUUCUCAAAAUAUACACAUUUAAUUACGCAAGUAUCACACAUAAUAAGAAAAUAAAAAGAUUUUAAAAUAACAAUAUUCAUUCACGUUAUAUAAAUAUUAAAUUAUAAACAUUUGUUUACAAUUGUCUUAAUUAUUUGCACUGUAUUUUACCUUUGAUUAUAUUCAAGUUUGAAUUCAGAAAAUCUUUAUUUGUUUAAAGUUAUUUAUAGUGUAUUUUUUAACGUUGUGUUUUCCUCAAUGAUUGUAG